AUGCCGCUGAGGCCCAGCUCUUCUUCUCUGUCCACCUGCGACAGACGCUUUCGACUCCAAGUGGCCUUUUCCCGCUUCGCUUCUGCGUUUCCUCCUUCCUUCUCUUCUUUUCCUGCCCCGUGGGGUUCCUCCUCGCCUCUGUCUUUGUCUUCGUCGCUCUCGUCUCCGUCUUCCUACUCUCCGUCGGCGUCUUCCUACUCUCCGUCGGCGUCUUCCUACUCUCCGUCGGCGUCUCCCUUCUCGUCUCGUUCUUGCUUGUCAUCCCGUUCCUCUUCUUCCCCUCUUUCUCCUGCGUCAUCUUGGCCGUCUUCCGUGUCUCCUACCCCGUCUUGUGCCUGUGCUUCUUCUUGCUCCUCUUCCCCUCCUUUUCCCUCGCAUUCUUCUUCGCCCGCUUCUUCUGCGGAUGGCGACUCUGCAUGCAGUCGCGAAAGAGAGAAGCCGGAGGGGGGCGCCGUCCAGCGCCGCGCCUCGCACGAAGUCGUUUUGGCCUUUCAAGAGAAAUCCCGGAAAACGCGCGUGAAGGAUCUCCUGGCCAUGAUGGCGGCCACAGACGUGCAUGCACUCACAGACUCGCAAAUCGCUGCCUGCAUGCGCGCCGUCGCUGACUGCUAUGUCUCCACCCUAAGGCCUUCACGAGGCGAUCCACGGCGGCGGGGAGCGAGACCAACGGAGAGACAGAGAGAAGGCGCGAGAGCAAGCGAGUGCAAGAGAGAGCGCGAGAAGGAGAAAGAGCGAGAGGAGAGAGGCGACAGAGAGAUGCAGUCGUGCCACGGAGAAGCGCUCAGACUCCACACCUUCUGGCAUCGCUGCGUGGGGAAAACCCUGAAAGGGGACUUAAUUCUUAAAACAAGGCUCUGUUUGCUUGCCGACAUUGUCGAGUCACUCAACAAAGCAAAUCUCACUCUCUUCCAACCUCUCCCGUUGCUCCUGUCCCCGUCUCCCCAUUCCUCGUCCUCCGCCGCUUCUUCCUCGUCCUCCACCGCUUGUUCCUCGUCCUCCACCGCUUCUUCCUCGUCCUCCACCGCUUCUUCCUCGUCCUCCACUGCCUCCUCCUCUUCUUCAGCCGCUUUCUCUCGUUCUGCCUCUUUGUCGUCUUUGUCUGCUGCCGUCUCUGGGAGCAGCGCGGGACUGGCUCCGGUCUGGGUGAUUCACCGCUUCUACUUCCGGCUUCUGGAGCGUCUCGAGCUGGAGCUGCGAGGUCUCCUGCGCGAGCGAGACAGGCAGGCGGUGGGGCGUCCGGUCUCCGGCAGCUCCGCCCGGGUCCCGAAGGACGAGGCGCAAGCGCUGAAAGCGAGGAAGCUCCUCGGAGAGGAACGGGGAGGCGAGAGCCGCGGGACACCAGAGGCGAGGGCUGCGCAGGCCUGCUGCGGCGCUUCUCGAGCAGAGGGAAGCGAGGCGCGGGCUCAGACCGGAGACGAACGACCGGGCGGGAGGUCAGACACCCGCAGUCUGCUUCGGAUUGUGCAGGCUCUCGCGUCGCACCAGCGACACACAGCGGCCGAAGUCGAGCGUCUAGUGCAGCGGCCAGGAGGCGCUUCCAGCGACCGGGAAAGAGGCAGCGAAGCGAGCGCGGGACGCGAAGAACGAAACGCGACCGACCAGACGGAAGUCCCCAGAGGUUUCGAGAAGAAUCAUGUGCGAGGCGAGUACGAGAGUGGCGACGGGGCGGAAAAAGAGAAGGGGACACAGCGCCAUGACCCAACCACCGAGAGACUUCACCAGCUGUACCAGGCUCAGUUUUUCUUCCUCUUCUUCUUUGAGCGUUUCGCGCGAGCGUGCCUACCUUACCUGGUUGUGUCUUGGUUUUCUCGGUCGUGUGCGUUUUCUUCGUCCGCCUCGACUUCCUCCCCUGUUCCUCUGGGGCCAGAACGGAGUCCCCUUUUUGGAGUUGAAAAGGCGAGUCAGGCGAGGGAGGGCGAAGCAACCGGGGAGGCCACGUUUCGCGCGGCAGCGCCUGAAGAGCAUUGGAAGUGUGCCAGGAGGGCAGUCGCCAGCAGCGAACGAGCAGUCGAAAGCGAAGCGGAGAGUGGAAGCGCUCGAGACGAGGACGAAACAGACGAGCCUAGCCGAGACGGAGUGGCGAGAGACAGCGACACGGAAAAUGGCGUGGAACGGAGACCGACCCUGGGACUGUCUUUGUUCACGACCGAGCAGGUCGGCUCAGCCUUAACGACUCUUGCCUCAGCCUUGCGUUGCACGAAGUGCGAGGAGAGAAAACGAGACAGGACUGGGAUACAAGCGUCGCAGCACGUUGGCGCCUUCUCACCAGUUGCGACUCCUUCCUCUCUUGCGUCGCCUUCCACUUCUCCGGUGUCUUCCCCGGCUUCUUCUCCCCCUCCCGUCUCUGCUUCCUCGCCUUCUGUCUCUCCUCCUGUUUCGUUUUCUCAUCAGCGUUCGACUCUCAAUGCGUCUCGCGAACGUGACGUCUCCACCCUUCCGUUUUCCUCUCUUCUUGUCCCCGUUCCUUCUCCGUUUCCUGCCGCUCCUCCACCGUCUCCUCCGCUUUCUCCUUCUCGAGCUUCGCUGGGGUUGGCUGCCCGCGAAGGCGAGACGGUGAUAGAAAAGAGAGGGAAUCCUCAUCUCGCAAAGCGGAAGGCCUUUGUGGCUGUUCCGCUGUCUGUCUCAGAGCGUCCCGCAAAUCGGAAGAAGGGAACGGAGCGCGCAGAGUCUUUUCCGCGCUCCGAUUCUGAGAGAUUUCCGUAUCUGAAUGCAGCUGUGUGUCUUCUCUCGGGUCAGCUCCUUCCGCACGUCAAGAGCCUCUCUCCGGCGACUGCGCUUGGGCUGUACAUACAGUUGACUCGGAGUCCAUUCGACGCAGCGGCGGUUCACGGCACUCUGGCCGCGGAUCCGGUUGUCAAGGAAACCCAAAAGCGUUUUGAUCUGCCCUCGCUUCCUCCCUGCUCUCCGCACUCUGCAAUUUCGCGCUGUCUUCUCCUUCGCCUCGUGGAACAGCCGGCAGGCCUUCUGCGCGAUCUGCCAGGCCGAGACAUUCCUUCGUUCAUGCUCUCCGUCUCCAAGUGUAUGCCGCAGUUAAACGCCGCUCGCCCCCUACAGUCUUCUCUCUCUCAGGCGCCGUCUCCGCCCUCCUCUCCUCGGCAUCCGUUCCCACUGCGUUUCCAGUCUCCUGCCUCGCCUCUGCAUGCAGCCGCCAGUUCGGAAGUCCCCUCCGACGCUUCGCCCCAGCAGCCGUUCAGAGCCUUCCCCUCGUCUUUUGCUGGUUCGCAGUCGGGUGGCGAGACGCAGAGCGCACAACUCGCGCAUGCAGUCGCUUCUCUUCUGCCCGUGCUCGCGCGCCGCCUCGCCUUCGAGCAGCGCCAGGCAGCGUCUGUCGGGCCUUGCGGGCGUCACUCAGCGCUCCGCCUCGCGCCGGCAGCGAGCUCGGAUGCGCUGACGGCGCUCGCGGACGCUCAGGCUGGCGGCGAAGGGGAGACGCGACGAGCGUGUGUUUUCCUCUUUCGCUCCGCCUUGGCGAGUCUGUGGAGAAGCGCCACGAGGAAGGCGCCGAGAAGUCGAGACGAGCAGGCAGCCAGGCUCGAGGAGCCAUACAGCAGGCGAACGGCGCAGUCAGAAGCAGACACGGUCGACGCCGCCGUGCGAAUGUCGCCGUCAAAUUCCCCUUUUGGCGCGGUGUCGUUACACCUGAGAGUCGAGCACGUCAUCUCGCUGAGUCGCAUCGCCCAUGCUGCGCUGAAACUCGGACUUCUGGAGAGCUUUCAAGCCGACGCGAGACGCGUCCACGUCUCGCAAGAUACUUCCAAGUUGUCGUCUGAAGGCGAAGGGCGAAACGCAGGUGAAGACGCAGAGCGACGGAGAGAGAUGCAGAAAGGCGUCGCAGAGACGGCCAGUUUUUUCCAGGGAACAGACAGUGAAGAGCACCUCACUGAGCGCGAAGUGCUCAAGACGAGGCAGCUGCUCGCCGCCAAUCUCCGAGCGUUCUCGUUUCGUCAGCUCCAGUAUCUCUCGCCUUCGCUGCUCUGCUCGCCAGCGUUUGUGCUCCCGGCGCCGGCUUUUAUUCUGGACGCGGAGGGCCGUUUGCGCCCCACUUGGGCCAGAUGUGAGCAGGAUCGGAGACAGGAGACAGGCGCCGUUGUCCAUUUUGCCCCUCCGCUGGCCUUUCAGUGCCUCUCCGAGGCCUUGCGGCGAUACGCGGAGGAAAGGAAAAGAGGAAAUGGAAGUAGCUGGAGACCAGGCGGACGAGAUGAAUGGGGAUGUAGGCAGCUGCUCACCAGCCUCCUUGCAGCCAAUCUCGGCGUCUGCUCCUUCCCGUUUGCGAGUUCGUCCUCUCUCUGGUCCACAGGGCCGACAGCUGAGGCCGCGUGGAGCGAAACCGCGGGGCAGCGUGCCACAGUGGCAGAAGUUCGCGCGGCCAAAAACCCCAGCUGGAUUUCCCUCCUUCCUCUGCAGGCUCUGAGGACUGCUCGCCUUGUCGUGCAUGCGACAGCCCACCCCCAGCGGCAGCACACCGCAGGCACUCGGAUUUCAGCUCUCCAGGAAGAUGUUCUGAGCGCCGUCGUGAACGCGCUGCGCCCACAUACGCCAGACCACCCCGCGGGCACUCCUACGAGUUCUCGAGGCAGUCUAGAAGGCGGAGGCGAGUCGGGUUCAAUUCGCUGGACGGAGCCUGUGGGGUCCCGCGCGUCAUACAGGCUGCACAAUGAGCGGGGUUCCGCUCCGAUAGACGACCUGCGACGCGAGCUCCGGUUCGAGGAAGUUGAAGCGGUUGUGGGACCGUACACAGUGGACUGCAUUCUAACGCUGAACGGCCGCAGCGGCUCGGAGACGAAGACCCAACAAACCCGCACCUCACUGCAGGCAUAG